AUGGCUAGCCUUAGCUUCUUCUUGAUAGCAUUAACAUCAGCAAUGAUCAUCGGCAAAUCAAUGGCCAUAGGUUAUGGUAAAGUACGCGUACCACCGGUUUUCCGGCCGAGCCGAUGGUCACUUGCUCACGCCACCUUUUAUGGCGACGAGACCGCUCGCGAGACCAUGGGAGGGGCUUGCGGGUAUGGAAAUUUGUUUCAAACUGGAUAUGGAACAGAUACAGCUGCACUGAGCACAACAUUAUUUAACAAUGGAUAUGCUUGUGGGACUUGUUACCAAAUAAAGUGCGUGAAUGCCCCUGCAUGCUAUGGGGUAAUUGCAACAGUGACUGCUACAAACAUUUGCCCUCCGAAUUGGUCCCAGGAUUCUAACAAUGGUGGAUGGUGCAACCCUCCUCGGGUUCACUUUGACAUGUCCAAGCCUGCAUUCAUGAAAAUUGCUCAAUGGAAAGCUGGCAUUGUCCCGGUCAUGUACCGAAGAGUACCAUGCGUAAGAACUGGUGGGCUUCGAUUCCAAUUCCAAGGAAAUGGGUACUGGUUGUUGGUGUACGUGAUGAAUGUAGGAGGAGGUGGUGACAUUGCCAACAUGUGGGUGAAGGGAAGCAAAACAGGAUGGAUAAGCAUGAGUCAUAACUGGGGAGCUUCUUACCAGGCAUUUUCUAGCCUAGGAGGCCAAGCUCUGUCUUUCAAGGUCACUUCUUACACAACCAAGCAGACUGUUAUCGCAUUAAACGCUGCUCCUUCAAACUGGCGUGCAGGGAUGACUUACAAAUCGAAGGUGAACUUCCGUUAG